CCCUUAUUCAAACAGUAUGCUUAAAGAAGUCAAAUACUGUCUAGUCUUUGACUAUACCAUCGUUUGUCUUCUACUGGUAUACCACUAUUCAAACAGAGUAACCGUUACAUUAAUCAACUUGCAACUUUCUUCAUGGACUAACGUCCUCACAGAUUCUCAGAUUCUUCCUUUAUAACACUAGGGCUCCCAUCAAUCUUAUCAUCAUCAUCUCUCUGUUUUCUAUCUCUCUCUCUCUCUAGAUUACUUAAGAUGGAUUUUCGAGCUCAAUUACUUGGUGAUCACCCCCGCCCCCGGUGGGCCAGUUCGACGUCUGAUGUUGAAUUAAAAUUUUCAUACGCGGCUAUGGUUUUCUUUGGCUGGAUAAAUGUGGCGAUGUAUAUGCUCGCCCCUGUUUUGCGCCCAACAAAUGUCUGGAUUGGACCUAACGCUUCCAUGCUUGUUGAACCAAACUCCAUCUUUAUCAAAAGCGUUAAGGUGGAAAAUGUGUAUGGUUCUGAACCUGGUCUUCAGCUGUUUGGGUUCUAUGCAUCUCCUCCUGUUGCUGUAAUGAAUUGGUCUGAAUCUCGUUUGGUGUCUGUCUCACAUAGAUCUUACGGGGGAUGCCCUUACUAUUUGAACGAAGGAGCCUCGUUGAAUAUUUCAUAUAAUGUUAAACCUGAAGGCUGUUCAGUUCGGCUUGUGGUCGAUAAAGUAAUCGCCACUCGCUGGUUGUGGGAGGAACCUCCAAAUUAUGAGACCGCUCUCUCAUUGAAUCUGAUUCAGGGGAGUGGUGUGAUUCAACUGAACAUAAAAAAUACUGAAAGUUAUCAUCUUAAUGUGGCUAACCCCAACUUGAAGGACGUAGAGGUGGAACUGGAUAUUGAUGUGAAGGCUGUCGUGUAUGAUACUAAAGAACCACCAUUCUACAAGUGUAACUUCAGCAACAGGGCGUGCACAUUCAAUACAAUGCCUUUUGUUGGAACUUCUAUUGUUAUAACUUCACCAGCAUAUCGACAGGGAGUAUUAUCUGGAGAACAAGAAUGGUUCAUCAGAAUUUCCUAUCAAGCUAGAUGCACUUCAUAUGCCAUCGUCACUGGUCUCGUGAUUUGCUUCAUUUUGCUAUCUAUAAAACUAAAUAACUGGUUACAGCAUCAUGGGGAAGAGAGAUACGUAAUGGAUGAUGAUUCAUCGAUUAUAAGUCUACUUGUAAACAAAGAUGACGAUGUAUGAAUCAAUGUAUGAUGAAAUUAUAAAGCUUUAUAAUAAUAAAAGAUAUAAUUAAAAUA